AUGGAGAAGAAUCAAGAACGAGCCAAAGAAUUACUAACCUGGAUACAGAAUGCUAUUUCUUCUAGGCAAAUCGGUGACCCAGGAAAACCUGGAUGUAAAUGGUUUAAUAGAUUUUUAAAAGACUAUGAUUUAAUCCCUCGUCACUUGCAUAAAUUAGGUGCGGUUUAUGGGGCAGUAGUACACGGAGCUCAAAAUCCAGCACAUGUAAUGACAAUCGCUGGAGAGUGUCUACGCCACAACACCAAUAACCAUAGUUCACCAGUACAAAAUUAUGUUGUGGUAAAUUAUCGCAAGCUAAAAUCUUCACCAUCGCUAGAAGAUUCAGAGUUGGAGCCAGAUGAAGACGAGGACUCAGAUACGGUAUCAUUAAAAAUUA